AUGCAGCCCGAUCCAGACCCCAGGAACUGGAGCCGCAGUAUGCUCGACCAGCUUUGUCAUCUAUCCAAACUGACGUACUGCAAUCUUCCCCGUGCUCAAGAGCUUCUCCGCGCUGAAUUCAAUCGUCGACGGGAGGGUGGGGUAGCGGGUGCUGUGCGCUACAAGAAUGUAACCCAACUCAUCGCUUCCGACAUUCUCCGGGCGGUGGUAGCUUUAGAACUCGGUGAUAACGACGAAUCGUACGAAGAGCGGGACGCAACGCCUGAGGUCCCGCAUGUGCCGACUACGCGCGCUCGGGCUGCUGCCAUGAAUACCGACGUUCAGGCAGCCACCGGGGGCUCAGCAACCGCCAGCAAAGCACACCCAACUAUCGCCACGCCCGCAGAGACCGGCAACAUGCCACGCAAGCAACCCAUUCAGCAUGGUCCCGAACCUCUUACAUCAGCAAACCUUAUGGCACAUGAUGGCACGGUCACGUUCAGCAACGAAGACCAAGAGAUUAUGGAUCUGGAGGAUGAACUCGCACGGCGCAAGACCGAAAAAGCGGAGUGCAGGGUAGAAGAAGCGGAGCGCAAGGUAGAAGUAGCUAAGCGUAGGCUGGAGGAAGCUGAGCUCAAGCUUGCCCAUGCACGACAGAGGUAUGGCAGAAAGCGCGCCCGAACACUCGCCGCGACUGAAGUUGUGGACCUCGGUAGUGAGCCCGACGAUGAGCAUAGGAUGGAUGUCGGCAGGAACGUCCGUAUUAGAUACUAA